UUGCUAGACACCCCCACACUUUUAGAUAACUCAGGUUUGGAGCAUAACCCUUCCAUAUCUCAUAUGGCGUCUUGUCUAACUUCUCGUGAGUCCCCUGUUCUAGUGUUCUGUACAUAAUUUGCUGAUAGAAGCACCCCACAAAUUGUCUCGGCAACCCCGAACUCAAGAGCAUUGCAUUCAUCAAUUUUUCUAAUCAAAACACCCCAAAUCAAAUUUCCCACUUUCACCUCUGUUCUCCCCUUGCAAAUUUCAUCAAUUUCUUCUCUUUUUCACUAACCCCACUUAAACAAAUCAAACACCCAUGUCUUCAAUCAUCAACUAAACCUUCUCAUUUCCCAAAAACUCAACCUUUUUGUUUUUUAUUUUUUUUAUUAUUUUAUUCAGAAAAUGGGGAUAUUGUACGGGAUGGUAGCUCGGGGAACGGUGAUACUGGCGGAAUAUACGGCGGCGUCGACAAACGCCGGCACAAUUGCGCGGCAAAUUUUGGAUAAAACUCCUGGAAAUAACGAUACCCACGUGUCGUACUCUCAAGAUCGUUACAUCUUCCACCUUAAACGCACUGAUGGUCUUUCUGUUCUUUGUAUGGCCGAUGACUCCCUUGGCCGUAGAAUACCAUUUGCAUUUCUUGAAGACAUACAUCAAAGAUUUGUGAAGACUUAUGGACGUGCAGUACUGACAGCCCAAGCGUACGCUAUGAGUGAUGAAUUCUCAAGGGUUCUGAACCAGCAAAUGGACUACUAUUCAAGUGAUCCAAAUGCUGACAGAAUUAAUCGUUUAAGAGGUGAAAUGGAUCAGGUGAGGAAUGUUAUGGUUGAGAACAUUGAUAAAGUGCUUGAUAGAGGUGAUCGUUUGGAGCUGUUGGUUGAUAAAACUGCAAACUUGCAAGGAAACACUUUUCGGUUCAGAAAGCAGGCUCGCCGUUUUAGAAGCAAUGUGUGGUGGAAAAAUGUUAAACUUAUAGUUGUUCUGGUAUUCAUUCUCCUGAUCAUCAUAUAUGCUGUGCUUGUAUUCAUCUGCCAUGGACUUGCACUACCUAGCUGUCUGAAGUGAGGACGGACAAGUCAAUUCAUGAUCAUGGUGGUCAGCUUCCACACUUUUAGCUCAGUGGAACAUGAGGUCUCUGCUUUCUUUCUCUUUGUGAUCAUUCGUAGUAGCUAAUCUAAUCUGGAUCAAUAUGGUGGUAUCUGUACAAUAUUUUUGUCUUUUGUACAAUGUUAUAGAUAAAUAGGAGAUUCUUUGUAUUUUGGAUCUUGAAUCUUAACAAGGAAGAAAAGAACUGUCCUUUUGGCUUA